AAGCCGUGUCUAGCUGAGGGGUCAGUGGUUCCGGGUAGGAGCUAGGUGACCCUCGGCUGCUGUGGGAACCUGCAGCGACUGCAGCCAUGGGGGCGCACCUCGUCCGGCGCUACUUGGGCGAUUCCUCGGUGGAGCCCGACCCCUUGCAGAUGCCAACUUUCCCGCCCGACUACGGCUUGCCCGAACGCAAGGAGCGCGCGAUGGUGGCCACACAGCAGGAGAUGAUGGACGCGCAGCUGAGUCUCCAGCUGCGGGACUACUGUGCCCACUACCUCAUCCAGCUGCUCAAGUGCAGGCGCGACAAGUUCCCCAACUUCCUGGCCUGCAAGCAGGAGCGGCACGACUGGCACUACUGCGAGCACCGCGACUAUGUGAUGCGCAUGAAGGAGUUUGAGCGGGAGCGGAGGCUGCUCCAGCGAAAGCAGCGGCGGGAGAAGAAGGCCACAGAGUUGGCCAAAGGCCAGGGACCCGGGAAAGUGGACCCCCAGGUGGCCCUGUAGGGGGUGCACCCCCCACCCUAUGGACCAGUCAAAUAAAAACCUUCAGGCCCCUCA